GAGGUCUCCCCAAGCCACAGAGCUCCUCAGCAGCCCACCUGCCCCAACAGGCCUGCAAUGAGUUCACUACCCACGUCAUGAACCUGCUGCGGGAGCAGAGCCGCACUCGUCCUGUGGCCCCCAAGGAGAUGGAGCGGAUGGUGAGCAUCAUCCAUCGCAAGUUCAGCGCCAUCCAGAUGCAGCUGAAGCAGAGCACCUGCGAGGCGGUCAUGAUCCUGCGCUCUCGCUUCCUGGAUGCCAGACGGAAACGCCGGAACUUCAGCAAACAGGCCACCGAGGUCCUGAAUGAAUAUUUCUACUCCCACCUGAGUAACCCUUAUCCUAGUGAGGAGGCCAAAGAGGAACUCGCCAAAAAGUGUGGCAUCACUGUCUCUCAGGUUUCCAACUGGUUUGGUAACAAGCGAAUUCGCUACAAGAAAAAUAUUGGGAAGUUCCAAGAGGAGGCCAAUAUCUAUGCUGUGAAGACAGCCGUGUCCGUCGCCCAGGGGGGCCACAGCCGCACCAGCUCCCCAACGCCUCCUUCCUCUGCAGGCUCUGGCGGCUCUUUCAAUCUCUCAGGAUCCGGAGACAUGUUUCUGGGGAUGCCCGGGCUCAACGGAGAUUCCUACCCUGCCUCUCAGGUGGAAUCCCUCCGACACUCAAUGGGGCCAGGGAGCUAUGGGGAUAACCUCGGGGGAGGCCAGAUAUACAGCCCUCGAGAAAUGCGGGCCAAUGGCGGCUGGCAGGAGGCUGUGACCCCAUCCUCAGUGACAUCCCCAACAGAGGGACCAGGAAGUGUUCACUCUGACACCUCCAACUGACCUUGCCCCUCAAGGUCACAGGGCUGGGGGCUCCCACCAGGCAACUCUUGAAGAGGACUUGGGCAUCUAAAGGACAAACUCCAACAGAAGCACAACACAGAGAAGGGCAGCUGGGGUCGUGCUCUCCCCAACUGGACACUCAGUGCUGGGGUGCUGACUACAUGGCAGGGAAAGUGGGGUGUCCCCCUUUUUUCCGUCUUUUCCCCUCUCACACAGAAAACAGAUAUGUUUCUCAGAUCUCUCAAAUCUACACCAACUCUUCCGUUUGUCUCUGGGCUUCCCUACUUUCUUUUCCCCACCCCACUUAAAUACUCUGGAAUCUGGAGACGUCAGCCCUGCCCGACCCAGAGAUGCCAAAAAUGGGAACUCCUGGACAGAGGCCCUGGGCCAACACCUCCCCGCACACCCCCACCUUCUGCCCCUCCAGAUGGCUUUAUUACCUCAUACGCAGCUCAUCUUAAACCAAUAGACUCGCUCGGUGGACAGGAGUGUCUGACUCAGUUAUCUACCUCGGAGGGAGCUUCUGCUACUUUAGAGAAUCUUUGGCUGGGCUUUGGAGUUGGUUUUGUUUUUUAGAAAAUCUGGGAUCUGUCUGUAUUUUUUUUAUUGUUUUUGUUGGUAGUGGUGAUCCUUAGUUUUUAAUAGUUGGAAGAAGUAGGGAUUUUGGUGUGUGUGUGUGUGCGUGUUUUUUUUUUAAAUAAACAUACUGAUUUAUUUUUGUUUACCCAUGUGAGAAGUAAGAGCCAAAGGGGCCUAGAAAGAGAACAAACACAGUUGGUGGCGGCCACUUGCUCCAGGCCUGCCACGGGGGAAGUGGAUUUCGCAGGACACCAUGUCCUCACCCUGGUCACUUAGGUGUUCCUAGCUUGUGCCGGCAAAUCUCUGCUGUAUUUGACAUGGAGCAGGAUGCCCCUCUAGCCUCCUGUCUUCCCCCUCCCAAUAACCUGUGGGCAAGGCUGGACCGAACUCAGUAAUUUUGAAAAAGUCAAAAGGCUUUUAAAAAAUUUUUUUAAACCCUUUGCAGAGUGGAGAAUGAAUGGAGGGUGUUCUUGCCAAAUUCGCUAAACACGGGCUGGGUGCUUACAAGUGUCUCUCUCCCCCGAUUUCCCAGAAAUAAGUGUUUCUGCUCAUAUUUUUUUUUUUUAAUCUCAUGCCAAAAUCAAGGGGGUGGGGAGAAGAGGGAGGCCGCAGAAUGCCAGGUAUGAGUGAAGGCAUAAACAAGGUCUCAUCUCAGCCCUGAACCCUUCUGACCCCCUCAGACAUCCUCAGGAUCUUCAGGACUGUCACAGUGGGGAAUCCCUCCCACCAAAGGCCCAGGCAGGAGGGUGGUGGGAGGCAGGGCCAGGGCAGUUCUCUCCUCUCCUGUAAACUUGUAGA